UACAUUAAAAAAAUUCCAGUGUCCCAUUCAUAAGUUGCAUUUUACGACACAAAAGCAGUCGAGGCCUCCUGGCGCCCAAAACUCCGAUAAUUUUUCCCGAUUAACAUAACAAAGGUUGGGAACUUCGGCAUAAGCAAUUACUUAAAAUAAUCACAGGCCAAAUAUUGACCUUUCCCGUUUGCGUCGCAGGCGCUAAUCAGGCAGAAACAUUCUCGUUCCCAGUGCGUAGAAAGUUUGUGUAAACGAGGUGGGUCUUUGUGUGGUGCCACCCUUUGUUAUCGGUGCCUUGCGGGGUAGAAAGCGACCGGCACAGCAACCCUUUUUUUCUCGGAACCUUUCAGACGGAUUUGCCGCGUGCUCGAAUUAAUUCUGCGGCCGUAAAGUACGGAGAAAGGUCGGAAUUAAAUGGAAUCGCUCAGCAGUGUUAUAAAAUAUUCAAACGCCGCCUCGCAAAAGAGCGGAUUGUAAAAGUUGGCUCUUUUUUCGCCAGGUUCGCUGGCGUCGAGCUCGGCUCCUCCCCGCCGUCGGUAGAGCGCCUUCGCUUUUGAUCCGAGUGCCUUUAUCUCAGCGAGUGCUCACUCGAUGCCUGCCAAUUUAAUUUUCUCAGCUGUUGAUUUUUGUUUAAUUUUCUUUAUUUCGGUUUAAGAAUUUUUUUAAAAUUAAUUUCGAGCAAUUUUUAUUUAAAUUUAGGCAGACAGAAAAUUUUAAAAGGGGGUUGGGACAGAAAAGGGCAAAAAGCAAAGCGAAACAAUGAUGCCCGAGGGUUACUGGUCAGUGAAAACUGAAAGGGAUUCGCUUCUUUUAUGACUUUCAACGCCCCCAGGUAAAAAAGCUGCAGCAGGCGCAACAAAGAAACGGCCUAACAAAGAAAUCUUUUGGACAAAAAAGCACUCGGGGUGAAAACCCUCGGCUCGCGUUCGGCGCGGCGCUCUAAAAAUUUCCAAUAUUUUACCAAUUUCAAAUAAAAAUAAAUACACCAAAAAUUAAAAAUCGAGCCGGUGUAAUGUAGAAAAACAAAGGCCUCGGCAUGCACCAAUUUUUCGAUAUCUUCCCCUCUGGUUAAAUUUCCCCCACUCGCCGGAGAGCUGGGUGAAAUUACGUCACGUGAUCCAUUGAGCCAAUGUAGUAGCGCGCAAUCUCGUAAGCAUGCUUGGCGGCCAGUGGGGCCUCGCUCGCCCGCUACGCCGUCAGCCUAGCACUCGCACUGUCAAUCAAAGCCGCUCCAACCCUGCUCGGGUGCGCAUCGCAAAAAACGUCGCUCCCCGUCGGGACAACGUGAUCGCGCCGCGACUCGCACCGGCCUCCUGCCAGCCGCCGCCGACCCUGAAAAACACUCAAAUUUUUUUCUCCACCCGCCCCGGGGCCGAUCGGGGGCCUCCGACUGCUUUUUUGUGCCGCAAGAUGUGAUAUAGGGACCUGACAUCAGGUAUGCAAUACACCUGAGCUAAUCUGGUGACCUUCUUUUUUUCCAUCUCUCUGCUCCCUCGCUCGCCCCCGCGCGCGCCUUCGUCCGCCAACCAUUGAACUCACUGCCCCCGCCGACCGUAAUUGUGGCGACCGGCGUGGUUUGGCCUGUGUCCGCCGUGGUGUAUCCACCGCCGCCCCCGCCAUCGGGUGUCGCCGCCUCCGCCACGACGCCCCCGGCCUCGCCGAACCUGCUGCUGCUGCAACCGUCGUCGACGUCCGGCUACUUCCACCCGCCGUCGCCGCUGUCCACCUCGCCGGCCUCCACCACCUGCACCACCACGGAUGUGUACGAACACCCGUGGGCCGCCGUCGCCGCCUCCGCUGCCCCCGUCGUGACGACCGCCGCCACAACGGUGAUUUCAACCACGCCUCCGCACCACCCCCCUUCGGGUGGCGGCGGCGACCACCUGGUCAACCACCUUUACCACCAACCCCAUCACCAACACCACCACCAACAACAACAUCCGCCCCCGCCGCCUCCGCAAAAUGACCACCACCUGCACCACCAUCCGCCGCCGGACAUGUCCGACCCGAUGGACGGUCAUGCCCCCGCAGCCGCCGCCGCGAGCACCUUCAACAACUCGGCGCCCUGGUGGGGGAUGAUGAAUGGUGCAGGUAACUCCAUAUAUCCGGAGGAACCUGCAACCUGCAACAACAGCACCAGCACCACCGUCGCCUGCAGCACGACCAGCGCCCCCAGCACCACCCCCAGCAGCAGUUCGCCGGCGACGCCGACCACCACCUCAGCCACUUCUGCAGCCGCGUCAGGGCCCCUGCACAUUCCCGCCAAGAGGUUAGGCGCCUACUCGGACUGCAGCCCGCCGUCGGACUCGAGCGCCGCCUCCGGAGGCCCCGGGGUCAUCAGACACUCGCACCACGGCACGCAACCUUGGACGUACAACCACAACCACAACGACAGCAGCGCAGCCACCGCGGCCGCAGCCUUCGAGCCUCCGCAGUACGCAAACCGCGACGCCAUGACCCCCACCUACUACAACCUGGCCCCCGAGGGCCGCGCCUCGGCAGACCGCAGCAAGGCGGCCGUCUCGGCCGCCCUCUCCUCCUUUUGGCCGCCCAAUGAGUACAAGUACAGUCCUGGACACGCGGCCGGCAUGGCCGGCGCCGACCAGAGCGCCUUCGCCGCACAGACCUGGCACUACUCGCCCUACGCCACCAGGGUGCCGCACCACCACGUCGACCAGGGCACCUACCUGCAGGCGGCCGCGGCCGCUGCGGCCGCCGAGGACCGUGGCCGCGCCGCCAUGGAAACCUUCCCUCACGACACCUACGGCCUCAGGAACUACGCGGGCAGCGACCCCGCCACACCCUACCCGCCACCUCCAGGUAAGCAGACAAAAGUAACGAGACGUUCCGUUUUGUUCGCAGGCGUGCUCGGCGGCAGCAACUCGCUCGAAUGGGCCGGCAGCGUGACCGUGCGCAAGAAACGCAAGCCGUACUCCAAGUUCCAGACGCUGGAGCUGGAGAAGGAGUUCCUCUUCAACGCGUACGUGUCCAAGCAGAAGCGGUGGGAGUUGGCGCGCAACCUGAACCUGACGGAGCGCCAGGUGAAAAUCUGGUUCCAGAACCGCCGCAUGAAGAACAAGAAGAACAGCCAACGGCAGCAGGCGCAGCAGACCAACAACGCCAGCAACCACCACGGCCACGCGUCCAAAGGCCACCAUCAGUGACCUUUGGCCUUCUCCGGGGGCGCCAUGGUCGGUGGGCAUCACUCGGGACACCACCACCUGCUGCACCACCAUCACGGCCUGGCCGCCUGAACUGGCCGCCGGCCCCCGGAGAAACCCACAAUUCGUUCCAAGGCCACGUUUUGUUACGCAAUUCGAGUGAUCCGCGACACUUGACGUUGAGGAAAAACGAUUUUUUUUUCUUCAUCUCACCGAGCUAUAUACAAACUCUGAACACACUUACAUACACAUACACACAAAAGAGGCCAAAGUGACUGUUUUUUCUUAAGUUUAUUAUUAUUUUUUAAAUGUAAUAAUAAAUAUAUUAAUUGACGAUUUUUUUCGGGCGCGUUGCGGGCGCCCUCGAAAACAAUUGCGUGUAUAUUGAAGAAAAAGGACUUUCUAGCGCGCAUCAUUAGAAUAAUUAAUUAUAUAUAUCUGAUUAAUUCUAUAUUGAAAACUGCAGAGACGUGAAGAAGAACACUUUAUUAUAAGAAAUGUCCCGUCGUGACAAAAAAUUAAACAGGUAAACUGAUUUUAUUAUUUAUGUACAUCUUUUUUGUGUAUCGUGGCAGCUACGUUGGUCGGGGCGGUUCAAAAAUCGUGCUCGGCCGCGUCUCACCUUGUUCUUUGUGUAAUUGAAUUAUUGACUCUUAAAUGUAACGCGUAUUGGUGGAAUAGCAUUUUUGGAGAAUAUUAUAUAUAAAAAAUUUGUUUUGCAUCAGUGUUGAGGUAAUAAAGGUAAAGUCGUCCAUCCUCUCGUAGUUGAAUAAAAGUAAAUGUCUGUGUUUGUGGCAUUAUAAACUUAACAUUCACUCUGUGUAAUUGAGAAAAUUUAUAAUAAAUUAAACAUCACACAUUGAUAUAGGGGAAGUGAUUUUUGAAUAAAAAAAGGUUACAUAGCUGAAAUUGAAGAAAAAACGGAGAAAAUUUGGAUUCCACCAAUUUUAGGAUAUAAAAUACAAAUGCCUCUCAAUGCAGGAAGUACAAAAACUGUCACAAGUUGCUUGAAAAGUUCCAAAUUUUCUCUGAUUGGACAAAAGAAGCAAAAAUAUAUCACUUGAAUAUAAAAAUUGAUAACAUUGAAAUUCUGUAUGAUUUUUUUACUUAUUAAAUUUUUGACCACGCUCAACCACGUCUUGCCCAUGGAGUGACAAAUUUUGUGAACAAAAAUAUUUUGCGGCUCUCUAACAAGGAAUUUACUUGUGUAAUUAAAUAAUUAUUAAAAAAAAAUCACACAGAGGGGUUUACUGCUGAUGAUAUUUAGUCAUAUACAGGGGAUGCUUUGAGAAAACUAUUUAUGUAUUUUGCGUCAUCCCGAAGCGUCAUCAACUGUCCCUCUCUUGCAAAUUUUAUGGAAUUGCAAAUAGUCUGUAAACGGAAAGUGUUUAAGCAGCUACGUGUACUAUUUAUAUGAAUAUUAGUGUGUAAUAGCCCAUCAAUUUAUAUAUCAAACUAGGAACUGGUGUCGUUUAUGCUAUCAAAUUACAAUUAAAAAAUGAAUGCAAAUAUCCCGUAAUGUAACUCUCUCUGAUGCUAUAGUGUAAUUAUUAAAUUGCAAUUGAAUUAAAUAAAAAAGAUAAUUAGAGCAGUCAAAAUGCUGAUGAUUAUCGCGCAAGGGUAAGAAAGAAAGUUGAUUUUUUUUCUAAAUGCCAUAAAGCAAUAUUUUUAAUAUUUAUUUGCAGAAUUUUUCCUUACUCAUGUUGAACAAAGAUGCAAUUACGUUUUUUGUAAUGUUGAUUUUAAAUGGUUAUGCACGAGAUAUAUGACAGCAAUUAUACUAUUAUUGAUUGUGUGGUUUUGUAUAAUGUACAAUGAAAACAUGAUGUGAGAAUUACACCUGAAUUUGUCGUUGAAUUAUUUCUUGUAACAAAUAAAAAAUAUUUCUAUCCUAAUGAAAGCGAGGAAACAACUACUGCUUUACUGAAAAUAAAUAAAAAUAAAUCAAGGCGUUUUAACAUUUUAUUUUUCGAAAAUUCCUGUUUACGUGGCGAGCUCUAUAUGUUGCAAUGUGACGAAGUGCGAACGCAGAAAAAAUUGAAAGAUGUCAUUGUAAAUAAAGUGAAAUCUCAU